CUUGAAAAGUUGAAAAACCUCUCAAAUUCCUUUCGUUUUAGCUACUUUUGCUUUGCUAUAAACGCACCCAUUUUAGCUUUACCUGUCUCCUCAUUAUCUUCCUGCUCUUUGUUUUUCUUUAACCGAGUAACUUUCUCGGAAACUUUUAUCUAAAAUCUUUGCCUUUUGCAUUAAAAAAGAGAAACUUCUUUUCUUUGCUUCUUUGGGUUUUUGACAUACAGAUUCCUACCUUCCUGGUGAAACUUGAAGAACAAACUUCCAGUUCUAUGUUAUCAUAAACCCCGCCUCAAAUCUUUCUCUUCUUUCAAAAAGCCAUUUUCAUUUUCAUUUUCAAAAAAGAAAAAAAGAGCCGUCUGCCUUUCAAGUUUGAGUCUCAAGAUGUUUGACUUCUUGUUGAAGCCGAAUUUCUAUACAAAAUGCAAAUCGGCUAUAAAGAUGAUUAAGUUGAGACUGGAGACUAUAAAGAAGAAGAGAAAUGCGGUGGAAAAGUAUCUGAAGAAUGAUGUUGCUGACCUUCUCAAGAACGGUCUUGAUGAAAAUGCUUACGGCAGGGCUUCAGGUCUUCUGAUGGAGCAAAAGAGAACAGCUUGUUACGAUUUCAUAGAGCAGUUUUGUGAGUGCAUCUCAAAGAAUCUCUCAGUCAUGCAAAAGCAGAGUGAGUGUCCAGAGGAAUGCAGAGAAGCUGUCCCUUCUCUACUAUACGCAGCAGCCAGAUUCGCUGAUUUGCCAGAACUACGUGAUCUCCGAACUAUAUUUACUGAGAAAUAUGGAAAUUCCCUAGAUUCUUACUUAAACCAAGAGUUUGUGCAGAAGCUAAAGGCAGAGCCUCCCACAAAGGAUACAAAGCUUCAACUGAUGCAUGACAUAGCACAAGAGUUCUCUUUUGAAUGGGACUCCAAGGCUUUGGAACAGAAGCUGUUUAAACCACCUCCAUUAGAGCAAAACAAUGCUGAUGAUGAUAGAUACAAUUUGUAUAGAAGCAAGAACAACACGUUUGAGAAAAGCAACAAUGAAGAUGAGAAUGGAUUGAGCAACUUGCAUAGGUACAGGAGGCAAAAGGGAAAUGAAGCAGACCUUACUUCUCGUGGGAGAAUGGAGGAUACUGAUGAUAAAUUCAAGCAGAAUAGCAGCAGUGAAGAUGAAGUUACUGAUCAAGAUAUCCCAAAGGGUAGUUCUGCCACGGAUGAAAGUGUUUCUGAGGAUGGUAUAGAAAACAGGAAGCCCUUUUAUUACAGGUUUAUUCCUCCUCCCUAUGUCAGGCCCGCCCUGGGUAAAGACAAAAGCAUCACAGAGGACCCCAUGGCACCGAAUGAUAAUACCGAGAAUGAGAAUAACAAUAAAUGGAAUGAACCUGUUGCUGAAAGUAAGCCAGAACCAAGAUCUGUUUGGAGGAGACCUUUGAGGCCACCACCGGGUUCCAAAGGUUUAAGUGGCUUUGGAAACAAUGUAGCUGCAAAUAUGAGUCGGACAUCCACACAAAUGGAAGGUAGCGAUAUGAGGGAUGAAGAAGAAAAGAGGAUGGAUGAGCUUUUGGUGCAUUAUAGUAAGAAGAAGUCGCCUUUCGAAUGGGUGAGCAGAUGGAAGACAGCAAUUCUAGCACCUCCUCCUGGAAAACAAGAAUCCGAAGGCACAAGUAAAGCUCCAGGCUUACGAAGCACUAAAUCCAACCCCAUUUCACUUCCAGGCAGAGUUGCAUCUUUUUCCAAAGAAACAACAAGUUCUACUGAGAGAGCAGGAAGACACACCCGAGCUGCCUCAGAUGGGUUUGCUGGGCAUGUGCAUCCUAAGCUACCGGAUUAUGAUGAUUUGGCAACUCGCCUUGCAGCUCUAAGGCGGCAAUGAAAGAAUAUUUACACAGUAUUAUGAGAGUAUAGAUAUUACCUGCAUUUAUAUUCUACCUAGUAAUUUUCAGAUUUGAAAGGCAUCUAUAGGAAAUUAGUUUGUUGUUUCAUUCAUUCAUUACCAUAUAUAGCUCUACAUUUCUUUAUGAAUUGCUCGUUCAUUCAUGUAAAAGAAAAAGGAAAAAAAGCUUGUAAAAAUAGAUUCGGAUACAUAUAUAGAUGAUAUUACUACGUGUUUAUUUA